UUUGUGUUCUAUUUUGACCUUCCUGUCUUGCCAUAGUCAGCUUAGUGAGGGUGUGCUUCAGAGAGCAGUAGAGAACAGUUGAGAGCAGAUGUCAAACAAACAGGACGUACUGCAGCCUUUAAGCUUUCUUUUCGACUUUGAAGACUUUGAAGGUCUAAACCUUUUUACAAAAUAUACGAUUGAUCCUUCACUAAAAAGACCUAAACUACACUAGACGCUUGGGACUCUUUUUCAUCAAGGAUUAUAUCAUGUUAGCUAUGUGCUAAGCUAACCAGCAAAAAGCAAGAGCAGAAUAGUAAAAAGGUUUAACAUUCAGUCUGCUUACAAAGGAAAGUGAGCCAUUACAACUGCAGACCAGAAAGACAUUCAACAACAUAUCAUGGAUGAUCAAAACCCUAAACCUGAAGAUCGAGGUGCACCUUCUGAACGCUCCAGUCGUACUAAUCACUCUGGCAGCUCUAGUCAUGGAUCACACGGUUUGGCUGUCAGAGCAAGAGCCAGAGCCGAAGCUGCAAGAAUCAUGGCUACAUUUGCGCAAAGACAAGCAGACAUGCAAAUCGAGCAGGCACGGAUUGAAGCUGAACAAUCAAAGAAAAAAGCGGAGAUCGAAGCUGAACAAACAAAGAAAAAAGCGGAGAUUGAAGCGGAACAGCAAUGUAGAGCAGCUGAAGUACAAGCUAGCCUUGACGCGCUGAAGGUACGGACUGCUGCUGAAGCAGCAUGCGCUGAGGCUGAAGUCUUGGAAGCCUAUGAGGAUGAAGUUGGAGAGCCUUCAAGGCAAAGUGUAACAGGUUUGGCUCCCUAUUCUUCACAGCAACGCACUAGGGAAUAUGUGCAACAACAUUCUGUGGAUCAUGGUCAGCAACAACUCCGACACCCAAAACAAAAAGCCGUUUAUUCACCAGAGCGCCAGCAGUACAUGGACAACGGUGAUUCCGUCUUAUCGCCAAAGCGCCAGCAAUACAUGGACAACGGUGAUAUGGAAAUGCACGGUAUGGAUGUAAGCAGUUGUACAGAAAAAAGCAACUCUUUUCAUUUCUUGCACAAAUGGCAAGGGGAACGCCAGAGCAGACCCACCACCCACAGCCGACAACGGCCUGGAAGUCCUGUGGAAUUCCCUCAAGAAAGAUAUUUCACCCAGCAACUUCACUUCGCACGCCCCCGAGACCAGCAGCCUAGCCACCAAGGUGCAUUUAACUACAUGCCCCCACGUGAUCAAUCAAACUUAGACAAAUACCUCAUUCGCAAAGAAAUAAUUAGCACUGGUCUCCUGAUGUUUGAUGAUAGACCUGAGAACUACUGCGUAUGGAAGGCUUCCUUUAUCAAUGCCAUUGGCGGCUUGAACCUCACCUACAGCCAGGAGUUAGGUUUAAUGUCCAAGUGGCUGGGACCAAAGUCUGCAGAGUUGGCCAAACGAAUCCGUUCAGCCCACAUCCAUGAAGCUAAAGAAGGACUCUCAAUGUUGUGGAAGAGGCUGGAGGAAUGCUAUGGGUCAGCUGAAAUCAUUGAAGAUGCUAUGUUGAAGAGGUUAGAGGAAUUUCCAAGGAUUGCAAAUAAGGACAACCAAAAAUUACAGGAACUAGGAGAUCUAUUGCUAGAGCUGGAAGCAGCAAGAAGAGAUGGAUUCCUACCUGGACUUUCUUACCUCAACACUCCCCGGGGAGUCACUCCUAUAGCGCAGAAGCUCCCUAUAUACCUUCAGGAGAAGUGGAUCUCAUUUGGCUCGAAAUAUAAGGAAGACUUUCAAGUUCGAUAUCCUCCUUUUCACGUCUUUGUACAGUUUAUUCAAGACCAAGCAAAGAUACGAAAUGACCCCAGCUUUUCUGAGCUUGGUGGUGGUUCAAACAGGACAGAUAAACUACAGAAAGAAAUCAAACAAUCUGUGUUCACCAGGAAAACCGAUGUGUCCAAAGCAGAUGCAGGCAAGCAAAACAAGGAGGAGAAAAGGGUUGAAGAUCCAGACAGAGUGUGUCCUUUACAUAAUAAGCCCCAUCCCCUAAGAAAAUGUUAUGGCUUCCGCAACAAGAGGUUAGAGGAGCGGAUAGCCUACCUCAAAGAGAACUGCAAAUAAACUCUGAAGACCCGGAGUUGAAAGCUCACUUGCAGGACAAAGGCUGUACCUGGAUAUUCAAUCCGCCACAUUCCUCUCAUAUGGGAGGUGUGUGGGAAAGGAUGAUCGGCAUUGCACGCCGCAUUUUGGAUGCUAUGUUGCUUAAGGACAACUGUCGCCUCUCCCACGAGGUACUUGUGACACUCAUGAGUGAAAUCAUGGCAAUCAUGAAUGCAAGGCCUCUAGUUCCAGUAUCGUCUGAUCCUGACAUGCCAG